UCAGGUGUCGGUCGGCGGCCGGGCCGGCCCUUCGCUCCGAGAGCCCCGGAAGGCGCGCCGCGCUGCGCCGCUUGGAGCUGUCCGGGGCGCGCGGCUGUGGCUGGGCUCCCGGCGGGGCCGCCGCUUCCUUGCACGACGCGCCCCGAACUCCCCCGUCGUCGUUCUCCGUUUCGCUUGGCGGGGAGCCGAUUGGCGCAAAGGCAUUCUGCGUAUGGUCAGAGGCACGCGUUCCUAUGAGGGUUGCCAACUCCAGGGAUUCUGCCAUGGCUCGGCCCCCCGGCUCCGUGCUGCACCUUCUGCUCCUGUCUGUGGCCCUGGCCUGCAGCCCUGCCCAGGGAGGCAUUUCCUGCUACGACGACUCCGGGCAGCCUGUGGACUGGUUUAUUGUCUACAAACUGCCCAAGCCCCAUCACAGCUCCCCGACAGGAGGCAUGCGCUACAUGUACCAAGAUGGGCGCACGCAGGGAUGGGUGCAAGGGAAGAGUCUGAUGAACAGCACAGAGGGAGCCGUGGGUCAGACCCUGCAGCAGUUGUACUCCGAAGCCAUGAGGAGGCGGGAGGAAGAAACGGCUUAUGUCCUAUAUAAUGAUGAGCCUCCAAGAAAUUAUUCUUCCAGCUUCAAAGGGCACACGAAAGGAGUCAUCCUUCUAGAUAGUACCCAGGGAUUCUGGAUGCUCCACAGCACCCCCCAUUUCCCAGAUCUCCAGACGAACUAUAGCUGGCCCAGAAGUGCACUGCCCAAUGGGCAGACGUUCCUGUGUGUGACCUUCCCUUACAGCCGGUUCAAAGAGAUCGGGAGACAGCUGCUCUUCACAGAGCCUUUAGUUUAUGAAUACCAGGUGGAAGGGAACUUUGCUGAAGAUCUGCCUGCCUUGCUGAAUGCUUCCAAGGGGUGCCAUGUCGAGCAAGAGCCCUGGAACUCCAGCGUGGCCCUGACGUCACUUGAGGGCAAGGAAUUUAUCAGCUUUGCCAAGUUUGGCCUCUUUGGUGAUGAUCUGUACUCGGGCUGGUUGGCCGAGGCUCUUGCAAGCAAUCUCUACGUCGAGUUCUGGCACAGAUCCAGAGGGAUCCUGCCUUCCAACUGUUCUGGGCCCUUCCGAGUCUACAAUGUCAAGUCAGUGGCCUUCCAGAAACCAGGGCCCACCUUCUCGACUAUGGUGGACCACUCCAAGUGGUGUGUGGCGCUUGAGAGCGAUCCUGGCUGGGCCUGUGUUGGGGACAUGAACCGCAAUCUUGCAGAGGAACGGCGAGGGGGAGGCACCCUGUGUUGCCGUGACCCAGCCAUCUGGAAGUCCUUCUACUCCUUGGUAGAGGAAUAUGCAGAUUGUAAAAGGGCAGGGGGCCUUCCACUCAAGGGGUAGCGGAUAAUACAGCGGCCUCCGUGUGCAGACCUCUUUUUCUGCUUUGUUACCUCAACCUCUAGGUACCGAGGAAAUGUAAACAUGGUGCUUCUUCUCUCUUCCACAAACCUUGCUCCCUUCCCUUUUAUGCUGGACUGGAAUAAGCUAGUUAAUGUUGGGUGUAUUAACAAUUUGAAUGAUGGGUAAGUUUUGGCUCUACCUCAGUAAUGGCAUUAUAGGAAUGAACUCCAUGGGGCACCAAUGUCCCUGUCACUGUUUCUUAAGAUACUCUGGCUUCUGGACACGUACCAAGCUGCCUUAAUACUGAGUCAGCCCAUUGGUCUACCAAGAUCAACACUGUCUUCUCCGCCCAGCAGUGGCUCUUCAGGUCUCGCGUGCAGAUUGUCACCAUCAGCUGUUUCCUGAUCCUUUUAACCAGAGACGCUGGGGAUUGAACCUGGUACCUCCUUCCUGCCAACCAGAUGCACUACUACUGAGACGUGGCCCUUUUUGUCUUUCCUGCUGGACUCAAUUGCUGCUUUGAGAAUAGUAAAUAUUUGUAUUUGUAUGACCUGGAUAGCUCAGGUGAGCCUGAUCUCAUCAGAUCUCAGAAGCUAAGCAGGUUUGGCCUUGGGUAGUAAUUGGAUGGGAGACCUCCAAUGAGGACCAGGACUGCAGAGGCAGGCAAUGGCAAACCACCUCUGCUAGUCUCUUGCCAUGAAAACCCCACCAGGGGUCGCCAUAAGUCAGCUGUGACUUGAGGGCACUCCACACCACCAUUUGCACUGAAGACAGUCAUAACUGUGUUCUAAUCCUAUGCAACACAUUGAAGCGCUGUAGCAUUUGAAGCAGUACAGGCUACGCAGAAGGACAGGCGCAAAGAUGAAUUGAGCUCUCUGGCAGCAAGGGAAAGACUAGCAAACUGGGGGAAGAGAAGAAACUAAAGCAUUUGGAAAGCCCAUCUGGAUGCAUAGAACAUGCAAGUCUCUGUUGACCGAGACCAGUUCAUUCCGUGAUAAAUAUCAAGGACAUGCCAACCUGUGCCUUUUCAUUAAGCAAGAUACACCAGUAUGCUUUGAAGCAAUAUAGGACAGGAGGUCAGUGGGGAAGGGCAGCCUAUCUGUGGGGCUAAGCUACAGAAUAGAGAAAAACAAGUAUAAAUUGAAGACUACAGGCCACACUAGACAUUUGCUUUUUUUUUUUUCUAAAGAGAGCAGGCUCCAGGGAAUCCUGCAGCCAUAUACAGCAGGAUGCAAGAAAUGGCUAUUAAAAAACGAGAGCCCAAAUGAACUAGGAAUGCUGCUGUGGCUUCUCCCCCCCCCCCCCCAUCCAUCUUCCCUUGCUUAAACAGUACUCAGGGGAAAGGAGUUGUUUCCCUCGUUUUCUGUGCAUGCAAUGCAGCAAAACCAGGACCGCCCCCCCCCCAGCGGCAUUCUGAGCCCCUUUGGACUCUCCUUUAUUUUUUAAUAGCCAUCAAAAGUUGGGGUGUUGCUAAAUGUCAAAAACUCUUUUGAGCCGGCAGCGUACUUGGCCUCUGUGGAAGCAAAUAGUCUUAGAAAGGUGUUUGCCCUAGCUAGGUGCUCCGCUCUCCCAUCUGUGAUUAUUGAAGGCAGGUAUAAUAAAAUCCCCUACCUGGAAAGGACGUGCUCAUCUCCCCUAGGAGAGGUCAAGUCUAUAGAGCAUAUGUUCUUUAGCUGUCCGUUACCCCACUACUUGAUACGAUCCCUAGUCAUUAUGACCACCAAUAAAGCAAGGCUUCACUGGUUAUCUGAUAUAAAUGUUACAAUUACAUGUCAAGUUGCUAAAUUCUGUGCACUGAUUCUCAAACUACAGGACUUGCAUCUUAAAAAUUUGUAAUUCUCUUUUUAAUUGUAUCUUCUCUUUGCUUAAUUUGCAUGCUGGUCUUAGGACUGUAAUAAAACUGAUGAUAAUGAACAGCCAUUUCCUGCAGCUGCUGUGUGGCUGCAUGGAACCUGGAUCCAACUCUUUAAAAAACGGAACUAUAGCUUGGCCUUAAAUAAGUUCCUAACUUGACGCUGAUGGAAUCUAGAACCCAAACUCUGACCAAGGGGUCCCCUAAUCUUGUUGAACCUGUGUGGAUUUUUGGAAUUAUUGGAACUGGUACUGGGCACCACAAUAAAAUGGCUGCCACAGACCAAUUACUAAAACUUGUGAGGUUGCAAGCCAAACAUCUCCCACUCUUACAAUGGAGUCAGCUGUUUCCGAAGAUACAAGGGCUUCUUCUGAAACAUCCCUUGCUCCAGUAAGAUGGGGGAAAGCCAGGACUGGCUGUUAGUUUUGAGAAAGAAACAAGCGUGUCAUGUCUGUUGCCCACUGUCCCUCUAUAUUGUUAUUUAGAUUAUGGUAUGUUGCAGUAGCCUCUUGCACCUGCUCCCUGUUGCUUUCCAGAUUCCGAGACGAGCGAGCCCUGAUCUCGGAUGGCUCGCCACAGCGGCCUUGCGACAGCUCCUUCCAUCCCACUACUGAUUGUGUUCGGCCAGGAGAGCCGGAGGGGUGGGGGGAACAUGCGAAAGGGUUGAUAUAAUGUGACUUGUGCUCACUGCGUCAUUCUUAACAAGAGACCUGUGUACAGCCAGACGCCUUUAAUUGCUUCUGUGUAACCUAUGGACCUGUGUAUCGAGAAGCUUGUGAUAUCUCAAUAAAGACCU